AUGGCAGGCGAUGCUGUUGCUGCCAAUGUGCUUGGAACGGCAGGAGCAAUUUGCUGGUCUGUACAGUUGAUCCCUCAGAUCAUCAUCAACUACCGCAGACAUGACACUACCGGUCUUCAGCCAACUAUGAUGUUGUUGUGGGCAUGCGCAGGGUGUCCACUCGGCGUCUAUAACAUUGUCUCCGACUUCAACAUUGCUUUGCAGAUACAGCCGCAGAUCUUGACUUUCCUCAGUCUCUUGACAUGGACUCAGUGUAAGUAUUAUGGCAGCAAGUGGACGCCAACGAAAUGCUGUCUGCGUGCUAUCCCCAUCGGAGCGCUCAUGGGUGGCGUGGAAAGUGGGCUUGUUCUCGGUCUCAGGGAAGCUAGGUCUGACAACGUGACCUGGCCAAUAACCUUGAUGGCUGUGUUGGCUGCGGUGCUGCUGUCGCUGGGCGUGUUGAGACACUACUGGGAUAUCUUCCAGGAACGUACCGUACGCGGAAUCUCUUUCACCUUCGUCGCCAUUGAUGCGCUUGGCGACCUAACCUCGUUGAUGUCGAUAUUCUUCGAGCCACAUCUGGAUAUCCUUGGCAUGGUCAUUUAUGGCUCGGAGCUGGUAUUGUGGCUAGGUGUCAUGGCUGCGGGGGGAUACUACAACCUGAUACCCUGGGCACAACAGAGACUGCAACAGUGGAUGUCGAAUCAACAGCAGCGCAGGCAGGCUACUUCAAGCCCGUACGAAAUCACACACGCAAGGUCAUCCAGUUCGGUAUUCCAGACCGCUUCUGCCAACGGCGAACCAUCUGAGAGCCUGCCCACCGCGAUGAGGCUGCGAGCUGUGCCUUCUCAGGGCUGA